AUGCGCCAGAUGGCCGAUCCUCAGGUCGCCAAGUUUGCGCAGAAGAAGAAGGACUGGCUGCGACAACAACGACAGAGGUUCGGCGAGAAGCGCAAGGCCGGAUUCAUUGAGACACAGAAGGCAGACCUGCCCCCAGAGCAUCUGCGCAAAGUGUUCAGAGACAUUGGCGAUGUAUCGCAGAAGAAGUUCACCACAGACAAGAGGAGCUAUCUGGGUGCGCUCAAGUUCAUGCCCCACGCGGUCCUGAAGCUUCUAGAGAACAUGCCCAUGCCCUGGGAGAGCAGGCGCGACGUCAAGGUCCUCUACCACACCAACGGAUGCUUGACACUCGUCAACGAAGUACCGCGCGUGAUUGAGCCAGUCUUCCACGCACAAUGGGCGGCCAUGUGGGUCGCUAUGAGGAAGGAGAAGAGCGACCGUCGCCACUUCAAGCGCAUGCGUUUCCCUCCUUUUGACGACGAGGAGCCUCCGCUUUCCUACUCAGAGAACAUCGAGGACGUCGAACCCCUGGAACCCAUCCAGUUGGAGCUCGACGAGGACGAAGAUGACCCGGUCAUUGAGUGGUUCUACGAGCACCGCCCCCUCCUUGACACCCCACACGUGAACGGGCCGAGCUACGAAACAUGGAACCUCGACUUACCACAGAUGGCCACAUUGUAUCGUCUGAGCAGACAAUUGCUCAGCGACACUGUAGACAAGAACUACUUCCACAUGUUCGACAUGAACAGCUUCCUGACGGCCAAGGCGCUGAACGUUGCAAUCCCCGGAGGACCUCGCUUCGAACCGUUGUACAAAGACAUCGACCCGAACGACGAGGAUUUUGGUGAAUUCAACGCCAUUGACCGCAUCAUUUUCCGCGCGCCCAUCCGCACAGAGUACCGCGUCUCGUAUCCGUUCCUCUACAAUUCUCUCCCUCGUAGUGUCAAGCUGGCUUGGUACUCGUAUCCCCAGGUCGUCUACGUUCACGCGGAAGACCCAAGUCUGCCUGCAUUCUACUUUGACCCUAUCAUUAAUCCCAUCUCCUCGAGAGCAGUAGCACCUAAGAACAUUUCCGUGAGCCACGAGGAUUUGGUUUUCGGUGACGCUGACGAGGAUGACGAGGACGAAUUCCAGAUGCCCGAAGAAGUGGAACCCUUCAUGGCAGAUGAAGAGCUGUCCACACCUGAGACAGCCGGAGCCAUCGCACUUUGGUGGGCACCACACCCUUUCGACAAGCGUUCUGGACGCAUGGUUCGCGCACAAGAUGUGCCUCUGGUGAAACAGUGGUACCUUGAGCAUGUCCCUGCUGGUCAGCCGGUAAAGGUCCGAGUGUCGUACCAGAAGCUGCUGAAGAGCUUCGUUCUGAACGAGCUUCACAAGAAGGACCCGCAAGCACAGAGCAAGCAGGAUUUGAUGCGCACACUGAAGGGCACAAAGUUCUUCCAGCAGACGAAGAUUGAUUGGGUGGAAGCAGGUCUGCAAGUCUGUCGGCAGGGUUACAACAUGCUGAACCUGCUCAUUCACCGCAAGAACCUGACCUACCUGCAUCUCGACUACAACUUCAACUUGAAGCCGGUCAAGACGCUCACCACAAAGGAACGCAAAAAGUCACGAUUCGGAAACGCUUUCCACCUGAUGCGUGAAAUCUUGCGUCUGACUAAGCUCAUCGUCGAUGCGCAGGUCCAGUACAGAUUGGGCAACAUCGACGCCUUCCAGCUUGCGGACGGCAUCCUGUACGCCUUCAACCAUGUCGGUCAGCUGACUGGUAUGUACCGGUACAAGUACAAGCUUAUGCACCAGAUCCGUUCUUGCAAGGACUUGAAGCAUCUGAUCUACUACCGGUUCAACUCCGGACCCGUCGGCAAGGGCCCCGGAUGCGGUUUCUGGGCUCCUGCCUGGAGGGUCUGGUUGUUCUUCAUGCGUGGUAUCAUCCCACUUCUGGAGCGCUGGCUCGGCAAUUUGCUUUCGCGUCAGUUCGAGGGUCGUCACAGCAAGGGCGUUGCGAAGACAGUAACAAAGCAGCGUGUCGAGUCUCAUUUUGACUUGGAGCUCCGUGCUGCUGUCAUGAGCGAUCUGAUGGAUAUGAUGCCCGAGGGUAUCAAGCAGAACAAGGUCAACACAGUUUUGCAGCAUUUGUCAGAGGCGUGGCGAUGCUGGAAGAGUAACAUUCCAUGGAAGGUUCCAGGACUGCCCGCGCCCAUCGAGAACAUCAUCUUACGAUACGUCAAGAGCAAGGCCGACUGGUGGAUUUCGGUCGCGCACUACAACCGAGAGCGCAUCCGACGAGGCGCUACAGUCGACAAGACCGUCGCGAAGAAGAACUUGGGCCGUCUAACCCGUCUGUGGUUAAAGGCAGAACAGGAGCGUCAGCACAACUACAUGAAGGAUGGCCCUUAUGUGUCCAACGAAGAGGGUGUUGCCAUCUACACAACAGUAGUGCACUGGCUCGAGGCAAGGAAGUUCCAGCCGAUUCCUUUCCCCAGCGUGUCAUACAAGCACGACACCAAAAUCCUCAUCCUGGCUCUGGAACGUCUGCGAGAAGCUUACUCAGUCAAGGGUCGCCUCAACCAGAGUCAACGUGAGGAGCUCGCCCUCAUCGAGCAAGCGUACGACUCUCCCGGAACGACACUCGCCCGUAUCAAGCGCUUCUUGCUCACACAGCGUGCCUUCAAGGAAGUCGGUAUCGACAUGAAUGACAACUACAGCACGAUCAACCCCGUCUACGAUAUCGAGCCUAUGGAGAAAAUCACGGACGCCUACCUCGACCAAUAUCUAUGGUACCAAGCCGACCAGCGCCAUCUGUUCCCCGCGUGGAUCAAGCCGUCUGAUUCCGAAGUGCCUCCCCUUCUGACCUACAAGUGGGCUCAAGGCAUCAACAACCUGGACCAAGUCUGGGAACACGAAGAUGGACAGUGUAACGUCCUAAUUGAGACGCAGCUGUCCAAGGUGUACGAGAAGAUCGAUAUCACAUUGUUGAAUAGGCUGCUCCGUCUUAUCAUGGACCACAACUUGGCUGACUACAUUACUGCCAAGAACAACGUCCAGCUCAACUACAAGGAUAUGAACCACGUCAACGUGUACGGAAUGAUCCGUGGUCUGCAGUUCUCCGGAUUCGUAUUCCAGUACUACGGGUUGAUCCUCGAUAUCCUCCUCCUCGGUCUGCAGCGAGCGAACGAAAUUGCUGGUGCACCUGAGAGUCCCAACGAUUUCCUGCAAUUCAAGGACAAGGAGACUGAAGUCCGUCAUCCUAUCCGGCUGUACACGAGGUACAUUGACCGCAUUUGGGUCUUCUUCAGGUUCACAGCUGAGGAAUCGCGUGACCUCAUCCAGCGAUUCUUGACUGAGAACCCCGAUCCUAACUUCGAGAACGUUAUCGGCUACAGGAACAAGAAGUGCUGGCCUCGCGACUCAAGGAUGCGUCUGAUGCGCCACGAUGUCAACCUCGGUCGUGCCGUCUUUUGGGAUCUGAAGAAUCGACUGCCACGCUCUCUCACAACCAUUGAGUGGGAUGACACGUUUGCCAGCGUCUACAGCCGCGACAAUCCCAACUUGCUUUACUCCAUGAACGGGUUCGAGGUUCGCGUUCUGCCCAAGAUCCGAAACCAAACUGGCGAGUUCCCUGAGAAGGACAGUGUGUGGUCGCUGAUCGACAACGCGACCAAGGAGCGCACUGCCGUUGCCUUCCUGCAGGUGACUGAGGAAGACAUCGCCAAGUUCAACAACCGCAUUCGACAGAUUCUGAUGUCGUCUGGUUCGACUACCUUCACCAAGAUCGCCAACAAGUGGAACACAACCUUGAUUGCGCUGUUCACAUACUACCGUGAGGCUGCGGUAUCGACGGUCAGCCUGUUGGACACCAUUGUCAAGUGCGAGACAAAGAUUCAGACUCGUGUCAAGAUUGGUCUCAACUCCAAAAUGCCUUCGCGUUUCCCCCCUGCUGUGUUCUAUACACCCAAAGAGCUUGGUGGACUUGGUAUGAUCUCCGGAUCUCACAUUCUGAUCCCCACCAGUGACAAGCGGUGGUCGAAGCAAACAGACACUGGUGUAACACAUUACCGCGCUGGUAUGUCGCACGACGAGGAGACUCUCAUUCCCAACAUCUUCCGCUACAUCAUCCCGUGGGAGUCUGAGUUCCGCGACUCGCAACGUGUGUGGAUGGAGUACUCGCAGAAGCGUCAAGAAGCUCAGCAGCAGAAUCGCCGCCUGACACUUGAGGACUUGGAAGACAGCUGGGACCGUGGUCUGCCCCGCAUCAACACACUCUUCCAGAAGGACCGCAGCACUCUCAGCUUUGACAAAGGUUUCCGUGCCAGGACUGAGUUCAAGAUCUACCAACACAUGAAGAGCAACCCCUUCUGGUGGACAAGCCAGCGCCACGAUGGUAAGCUGUGGAAUUUGAACGCUUACAGGACGGAUGUUAUCCAGGCCCUUGGUGGUGUCGAGACUAUUCUUGAGCACACACUCUUCAAGGCUACAGCCUUCCCCUCCUGGGAGGGUCUCUUCUGGGAGAAGGCUUCAGGUUUCGAAGAGUCCAUGAAGUUCAAGAAACUCACCAACGCCCAGCGUUCUGGUUUGAACCAGAUCCCCAACCGUCGUUUCACUCUUUGGUGGUCGCCGACGAUCAACCGAGCCAAUGUCUACGUUGGUUUCCAGGUCCAGCUUGAUCUGACAGGUAUCUUCUUGCACGGCAAGAUCCCAACCCUCAAGAUCUCGCUGAUCCAGAUCUUCCGUGCCCAUUUGUGGCAGAAGAUCCACGAGUCCGUUGUCAUGGAUCUGUGUCAGGUCUUCGAUCAGGAGCUGGAGGCUCUGGGUAUCGAGACUGUCCAGAAGGAGACGAUCCAUCCUCGAAAGUCUUACAAGAUGAACAGCUCUUGCGCUGAUAUCUUGCUGUUCGCCAGCCACAAGUGGAGUGUCUCGCCACCUUCCAUGCUGUACGACACGAAGGACACUAUGAGCGCUACCACCACGAACAAGUUCUGGGUCGAUGUCCAGCUUCGUUACGGUGAUUACGAUUCUCAUGACAUCGAGCGAUACGUUCGUGCCAAGUACCUCGACUACACCCAGGACAGCAUGAGUAUCUACCCUUCGGCCACUGGACUUAUGAUCGGUAUCGAUCUGGCGUACAACCUGUACUCCGCUUAUGGACAGUACUUCCCUGGUCUCAAGCAGCUCAUCCAGCAAGCGAUGGCUAAGGUGAUGAAGGCCAACCCCGCACUCUACGUCCUGCGUGAGCGCAUCAGGAAGGGUCUCCAGCUGUACGCUUCCGAGAGCAGCCAGGAGUUCUUGAACUCGCAGAAUUACUCCGAGCUGUUCAGCAACCAGAUCCAACUGUUCAUCGAUGACACCAAUGUUUACCGUGUCACCAUCCACAAGACCUUCGAGGGUAAUUUGACGACCAAGCCCAUCAACGGUGCCAUCUUCAUCUUCAACCCCCGAACCGGACAGUUGUUCUUGAAGAUCAUCCACACAAGUGUAUGGGCUGGUCAGAAGCGUCUGGGACAAUUGGCGAAGUGGAAGACUGCAGAAGAAGUUGCAGCCCUCAUUCGCUCUUUGCCAGUUGAGGAGCAGCCGAAGCAGCUCAUUGUCACUCGCAAGGGUCUGCUGGAUCCUCUCGAGGUGCACCUGCUCGACUUCCCCAACAUCUCGAUCCGUGCAUCGGAGCUUCAGCUGCCGUUCCAGGCCGCUAUGAAGGUUGAGAAGUUGGGAGACAUGAUCUUGCGAGCUACCGGGCCGCAGAUGGUGCUCUUCAACCUCUACGACGAGUGGCUAAAGACGAUAUCGUCUUACACCGCCUUCUCACGUCUGAUCCUCAUUUUGCGUGCGCUGCACGUCAACAUGGACAAGACGAAACUGUUGUUGCGUCCCGACAAGACAGUCAUUACUCAGGAGCAUCACAUCUGGCCAUCGCUGUCAGAUGAGGACUGGAUCAAGGUCGAAGUGCAGCUUCGUGAUCUCAUCCUGAACGACUACGGCAAGAAGAACAACGUCAACACAUCCUCGCUCACCAGCAGUGAGGUGCGUGACAUCAUCUUGGGUAUGGAAAUUUCUGCACCCUCGAUGCAGCGCCAGCAGGCUGCCGAGAUCGACAAGCAGACGGAAGAGCAGGCACAGCUUACCGCCGUCACCACAAAGACGCAGAACGUCCACGGCGAGGAGAUUGUGGUCACCACCACAUCGCAGUACGAACAGGCUUCGUUUGCCUCCAAGACCGAAUGGCGCACAAGGGCUGUGGCCACCUCGAACUUGCGCACUCGUGCCAACAACAUCUACAUCAACUCUGAGGAUGUCAAGGAAGAGGGCCACUUCACCUACGUCAUGCCGAAGAACGUCCUCAAGCGAUUCAUUACCAUCGCAGAUCUUCGCGUGCAAGUAGCCGGAUAUUUGUACGGCAAGUCACCACCAGAUAACGACCAAGUCAAGGAGAUCAGCACGAUCGUCAUGAUUCCCCAGGUCGGCAACACCCGCGACGUCCAGCUGCCGAAGAACCUUCCUCAGCAUGAGUAUCUCGACGGCCUCGAGCCUCUCGGCAUCAUUCACACCGUCAGCGGCAACGAGCCGCCCUACAUGCAAGCCAGCGAUGUCACCCAACAUGCUCGCUUGAUGAAUCAGCACGCCAGCUGGGACAAGAAGACCGUCUCAAUGACCGUCUCGUUCACACCCGGUUCCGUGUCGCUCGCAGCGUGGGCCCUGACGCCACAAGGCUAUAAGUGGGGUGCUGACAACAAGGAUACCAUGUCCGAUAACCCCUCUGGCUUCAGCACGAGCUUUGGCGAAAAGUGCCAGCUUCUUCUGUCGGACAAGAUUCGCGGAUACUUCCUCGUGCCCGACAACGGCAUCUGGAACUACAGCUUCAUGGGCAGCACCUUCGGCACAGUCGAGAAGAGGCCGGUGCACGUGCGACUCGAUACGCCAGUGCGCUUUUAUGAUAGCAUCCAUAGGCCGAUUCAUUUCAGCAAUUUCGCUGAGCUGGAGGAUGUGUGGGUUGAUCGCGAGAAUCAGUUUGAGUAG